CACACUGGGAGCUGGCCAAACUGCGGCUCUACACCAGCCGAAGCAAAGAGCCUUGGAUGCAAAUUCGACAUUCUCAGCUUCGCAUGGCAACUACCAGCAUGCUACGAUGUACAGAUCAUGGAAGAAUUCCUCGCAGAGAAAGACUGGGUCUUCUACCGUGAGUCCAACGGUACAUCACCCGUUUCCAGAGCCGUUGCGUUGCAAGGAGAGCUUGACUUGUUUGUUACACAAGAGUACCAUCGUACACACUGCAUGUACAUGUGGCGCCAGAUGCACCGCGCGUUUACGAUCCAGAAACACAUUGAUAGUCACCUGAAUGACUACUACCAUACGCUUCAUUGCCACCAUAUUAUGCUGGGCGAACAAGUUCCAUCGGACGCGGUUGGGGCGGUUGGGCAGGUGAAAUUUCCCGCUUGU